CACACACCCUUCGCACCCCCGGGGGCGCGUGCGCGCUGUGGCGCUGUUGUUGUGGCGGCGGCGGCGGCCCCGCGGCUUCAACCGACCCCCCCUUUCCCCCCUUCCCCUUUUCCCUUCCCCCCCCUUUUCCCUUUUCAACCGGGGGUGUUCGCGAUGAGCGACAACGAUGACAUCGAGGUGGAGAGCGACGAGGAGCAGCCAAGGUUUCAGUCCGCGGCUGACAAACGGGCCCAUCACAAUGCGCUGGAGCGCAAGCGCAGGGACCACAUCAAGGACAGUUUCCACAGCCUGCGGGACUCUGUCCCCUCCCUGCAGGGAGAGAAGCAACAGGCAUCCCGGGCCCAAAUCCUGGACAAAGCCACAGAGUACAUCCAGUACAUGCGCCGGAAAAACCACACGCACCAGCAGGACAUCGACGACCUCAAGAGGCAAAACGCGCUCCUGGAGCAACAGGUGCGCGCCCUGGAGAAGGCGCGGUCGAGCGCCCAGCUACAGGCCAACUACCCCUCGACGGACGGCAGCCUGUACACCAACCCCAAGGGCAGCGCCAUCUCCGCUUUCGACGGCGGCUCCAACUCCAGCUCCGACUCGGAGCCCGAGGAGCCGCAGAGCAGGAAGAAGCUGCGCGUGGAGGCCAGUUAGUGCCGCCCCCCGCGCCGCCCGCCACACGGACUCUCUCUCCCUCCUCUCGUAGCGGCUCUCGGACUGCAGCUCCCCCAGCCCCCAGCCCCAAUUCCUUCCCCUCCUCACCCACCACCUCCCCCCUCCCCACAACGGCCUUUUGCCCCCCCACAACAGCCCUGGGAAGAGAGGGGGGGGGCGUGCAGCUGGCUGGGCAGGGACCCCGCAGCGCCUGCCCAACACGACUUGUGGGGGUGUGUGGGGGGUCACAGGGAGAUGCCCCCCACAAGCAGCGAGCCCCCUCCCCUCUGGUUUUAUAUGAGCGUUUCUAUUUAUACCCGGGGACCACGGCAGCCCUGAGCCGAGGGUGAGGCUGUGCAGGAGCCUCCCGCUGCCCCCCACCUUCUUCCCCCCACCACAGCCCCCCAGCCAGCACUGGAGGAAGUUGGGGGGCAGGGGCGGGAGGGGGGGCUCUCGCUAUUUAUUUUCUGCGUGUGCAAUUCCACCUGCCCUCCUCCCAACUCUUCACUGCAGGGGAGGGGGGGAAGGAAGGAGGCCGGGCUGAGGGAGGGGGGGUGGUCUGCGUGUGCACCCUGCCCCCCUCCUCCUGCCUUCCCUCCCCUUCCCCACCCCCGUGGCAUUCUCUGAACUCUGGUGUCGUCCCCUCUCACCCCCAACCCUUUGGUGCCCCCUCCCCGCUGCCCUCCCACCCUCCCUCGCCCUGUUUUGAUGCCAUUCAUUCCAUGGAUCUAAGGUAUGUUGUACAUACUGCCCAGAGUUGUCUUGCAAGUUAAGGCUUCCCCUUUACUAUAAGACUAUAAAUAAUAAGAAGGAAAAAAACCAACCAGGAAAUAAAAGACCAAAAAAAAAAA